AUGUUUUUCAAAGCUUCCACAAUCGCUUUCAUCGCCGCCAUCGGCUUUGCAUCUGCUGCACCUACACCUACCAGCGACUCUUCCUCCGCGGCAACAUCAACUGUCGCUUCCGAUGACUGCACAAUCGUAUGGCCAGGAGUUCUAGAAUACAUCUGGGAAAACACUCCUCAGCAUGUCGCUUACAACACAAUUACCCAAGACCCUUCAGAUCUAGACCAAGGUUAUUUUGGAAUGGGUGCAACUUGGAAUGGAACAGCAUGGACCUCGCGCCAAUACACUUAUGCAUCAUUUGACCUUCCAGCUGAUGCACAAAACUGUGAACUCUGGUCUUCAUUCCCUUCGAGCAGAGAUGAUUAUGAGGUCAUUACUGGUCCAUUGGACCCACAAGUCGAAGUUUUUGGCCCAUCCAUUCCUCUCGACUCCAGUGAUCUUACAUACUGGGAUGUCUUCCCUGUCAAUGGCGAGCCUACCGUGGAAGUUUUUACACCUAACACCUUGAAUCCUGGUCAGGAGACUCUCAUCGGCACCUUUGACUGCUCUUCGCAAGCCCAGUUCUUGAUGGGCAUUGCCGACUUGUCCGACCCAAGCAACUUCAGCUAUGAUGUCUAUCAGUUCCGCGUUAACAACACCGUUGCUAGAAACUACGGCUUGUACGUAGCAUAUGGAUCUGACACUUGUCAACUACAAUUCCCAUAG